AUGGUGGCAGAUGCAUUGAGUAGAAAGGUGGAGAGUAUGGAGAGUUUGGCAUUUAUUCCAGCUGAGGAAAGGCCUUUGGCUAUGGAUAUUCAGGCCUUGGCUAACAAAUUUUCGUUCUUGUUUGAGCGCAUUAAGGCUCGCCAAUAUGAUGAUCUCUAUUUGUUGGUGCUUAAGGACAUGGUGCAGCAGGGUGGUGCCAAGAAGAUGUUUACCAAAGAUAAUGGUGAGGCUCACAAUUCGAGGUAUUCUAUUCAUCCAGGUGUCGCAAAGAUAUAUCAUGACUUGAAGCAGCAUUACCGGUGGCGAAAGAUGAAGAAGGAAACUGUUAGGGAGGAAGCUUUGGACUUCUUGAGAAAUUUUGAAACUGUGAUCAAGAAGCUGUUGGAGGCACUUAUGAAAGGACUAAACGUAAAAGAAAUAGACCAAACUAAAGAAUCACUUCUAAUGGGUUCAAAGAGGAUUAAUGUUAACUACUAUCCAAAAUACCCUAAUCUCAAAUUAACAGUUGGAGUAGGUCGUCACUCUGAUGUUUCAACAUUAACAAUUCUUCUUCAAGAUAAUAUAGGAGGACUUUACGUGAAAAAACUCGACAGUGAAACAUGGGUUCAUGUCCCACCAAUCCAUGGAGCUCUGGUUAUUAACAUUGGUGAUGCUCUUCAAAUAGUGAGCAAUGGACGAUACAAGAGUAUUGAGCAUCGAGUUAUGGCUAAUGGCAGCAAUAAUAGGAUUUCUUUUCCAAUUUUUGUAAACCCUAAACCUAGUGAUGUAAUUGGUCCUUUGGCUGAAGUGCUAGAAAAUGGAGAGGAACCAAUUUACAAACAAGUUCUUUACUCAGAUUGUGUCAAGCAUUUCUUUAGGAAGCUAUUUUUUGGGGAGAAGCUAUUUUUUCAAAGGAAUUAUCUUUCAUGCAUGCAAGAUUAUCAGCCCUUAUACCCAUGA